CCUUGGAAGAGGACAUACUAAACAAGAAUAACCAGAAGACACACGACUGGCACAAGAUGACGAGCAUGGCUGAGGCACGUGUCAAGCGCGAGUUCAAGGAGGCGCUCAGUGGCGAAGAGUUCUGCCAGUGCCAGAUCAAGAUGGAGCUGGUCAACGAUAACUGGACCGAGCUGCGUGGCGAGAUAGCCGGGCCGCGUGGCACGCCCUAUGAGGGCGGCAGAUUUGUGCUGGAUAUCAAGGUGCCCGACAGAUAUCCAUUUAGUCCGCCCGAGGUACGUUUCAUCACACGCAUCUGGCAUCCGAAUGUUUCGUCGGUAACGGGCGCCAUACGCAUGGACAUCCUGAAGGAUCACUGGGCCGCGGCCAUGACGCUGAGAACCGUGCUGUUGUCCCUGCAGGGCAUGCUCAGUGUUGCCGAGCCGGACGACUGGCAGGACUUUGUGGUUGCCUAUCAAUUUAAGCAGCGCCAUGAUCUAUUCCUGCUAACAGCCAGGCAUUGGACCAGCGCCUAUGCGGGCGGCACGCGCUCGUUUCCCGAACUCGAUCUGAAGAUCCAGCGCCUCAAGGAUAUGGGCAUCGAUGAGCAUAAGGCGCGUGCUGUGCUCUCCAAAGAGAAUUGGGACCUGGAGAGGGCAGCCGAUUGUCUAUUUCUAUAGGCGCGCACUGCACUGGGAUUAGUAAAAUCAACGACAAGCAACAACAGAUCCAAAAUCAUAGAGUGAUGUAUCAACUCCAUUAUGUGGCCCAACUCUAUCUAGUCUCAACAGCAAUCGCACUGACAACAACAACAACAACCACGCCAACUACAAAAAUAACAGUUUAAAAUUCCAAAUUCAAGUCGAACUUCAUACAGCUGCCACGGUGGGCCCAAUAUACCAGAAUGCAGAGUGUAAUCGUUGGACCACGGAUGCUACAAUCAAUUUACCACGCCCAAAUUUGUAUAACGUAGUAGUUAGCCGGUUCGGAAAAUUGCGAAAUUUCUUUGCCGUGUAAUUUUGAUGCUUAGCGCCAACAUUCGGAGCAUUGCAGCCGCACCAGCUGUACGUGUUUGUUUCGCAUAGCCAGGAAUUGGAUCUAUAUACCCCAGUGUCCCAGCAUCGAAUACUUGGCUAUUCGAAACAAGUAUGGACAUCGGAUGGGUGAAAUAGGUCCGUUUGUUCUGUUAUUUUUGAGUGCAUUGGUACAUUGCAGUUGAUUUAGUAUAGGUAUACGAAUAUCGUAUGCAACAGAUCCCCAGGGUUUGCGCAUAUGCCUUUCCCUUGUUUUGCUAAUUAUCAAUAUUACUUGCACUUUAAUAAUCAUGCACAUCAAAUACAAAAAGAUUUU